AGGCUCCGGUUUGCCGUGACCCCUGUUGGGAUAAGUGAUUUCAGCCUGUGUGUGAUCACAAUCAUCAGACUGGCUUUCACAGCAUAAAAGUUAAUGGAUUUUAUGUGUUUUCCAGCUUGUAUAGCACACAAUUUAGAAUGAUAUAUGAGGUGUAUAGCAGAUCGUGCCUUUGUCAGUUCAUCCGCACCUUAGAGGGGCAUCCUGACUUCAAUGCCCGGUCAAAGGGCUACUUUGCCUCCCUGCUGACGGUGGCGCUUCACAGCAAGUUGGACUACUACACAGACAUCAUGAGGACACUCCUGUUAGAACUCAUGGAACAAUAUGCCCGGAGCAAGAACCCCAAGCUCAUGCUGCACAGGUCAGAGACGGUGGUGGAGAAAAUGCUGUGCAACUGGAUGUCUAUCUGUCUCUAUCAGUUCUUGAAGGACUCGGCAGGAGAGCCUUUGUACAAGCUGUUCAAAGCCGUCAAACACCAACUGGAGAAAGGCCCAGUGGAUGCUGUCAUGAAAAAGGCCAAGUACACGCUGAAUGACACUGACCUGCUGGGGGACGACGUGGAGUACUGUAUGCUGACUCUGCAGGUCCUCGUUCACGGGGAAGGGCCAGGUGUCACUUUGGUCAAGGUACUCAACUGUGACACCAUCUCCCAAGUGAAGGAGAAGAUCCUUGAGCAAGUGUACAAAAAUGUGCCCUAUUCUCAGAGGCCCAAGGUGGAAAGCAUCACUCUCGAAUCUGCUGGGCAGAUUCUGUCGGACCUUGACUUGACAUCGCAAAAGGAGGGCAGAUGGAAGCGCAUGAACACUUUGGCCCACUAUGACGUGCGAGACAACGCCACUCUCGUCCUGUCUAGGGUCCUGCAUCCUCUGCAGUCUUAUGACCAGCACCAGGACAGUCAUGAAGAGAGAAAUGCUCUGCUUGAAGAGGACAAGGUGUUCCACCUGGUGCGGCCAGCAGAGGAGGUGGAUGAGGUCAAAUCCAAGAGGGGCAACAUGAAGGACAAGUCGAUGACCAAAGCCAUCACAGAGCUUUAUUUGAUGCGGUUGCUGUCUGUCAAGGGCACUCUACAACAGUUUGUGGACGACUUCUUCCGCAGUGUCCUCUGUUCAUCCGUUGGGCCUCCAGCAGUCAAGUACUUUUUUGACUUCCUGGACGAACAGGCACAGAAGCAUGACAACGUGGAUGACCAGACCAUUGACAUCUGGAAGACCAGCAGCUUGCCUUUGAGGUUCUGGGUGAACAUCCUGAGGAACCCCCACUUCAUCUUCGACAUUCACGUGAACGAAGUGGUGGACGCCUCCUUGUUUGUUAUUGUCCAGACCUUCAUGGAUGCCUGCACCAAGAGCGAGCGCAAGUUGAGCAGGGAUUCCCCGAAUCACAAAUUACUCUAUGCAAAGGAAAUCUCCACAUACAAGAAGAUGGUGGAGGAUUACUACAAGGGCAUCAGGGAGAUGGUGCCCGUCAGCAACCAGCAUAUGAACACCCACUUAGCGAAGGUGUCACGGUCUCACACAGGCAAACUCAGCACCCAAGUGGCUCUGCAUCAGCUGUACCAGUAUGCAAACAAGUACUAUGAUGUGAUCAUCACCUCCUUUGACGAGGACCCCGCUGCCCAGAAUAAACAGCUUGCUCUGAGACUGCAGCAGAUAGUGGCUGUACUGGAGAACAAAGUGACAGACCCCUAACCUCUGUAGGAGGGCGGGGGCCGGUUUUGGUACUGUGGGGCCAGAAAUUAAAGCGGAGUUUAUUUCAUAUGGCCUGAGUCCUGAGUGGAAUAGCAAAGACGUGGGGAAGGGAAGGAAUGGGGCUGUUCCGAGGAAGCUCCCCCCCCCAUCUUAAAUGUUUGUUGUGUCUGAAACGGUGUCACAAUUCCCUAACGGUUCUCAAAGUCGAUCCCCCUCCCUGUGCUGGUCCAGAUCAUACAACACGUGCCAAGGGGCCGAGGGAUCUGCAGGAGACACCACACCAGACGUUCUCAACGAUGAGACAUGUGACCAUUGCAGCCCGGCCUUUGAAAUAAGCCCUUCCUUAAUUGCAGGCUUUAUCUGUUCAGCUGUUGUUAGUUGUUGUUGUUCAGUUAAAUGUUCAAUUUCUUCCAGUAUAAAAAAAGUUUAAGAAUAGUACAGAAUAUUAGAAUAAGAUUAAGAAUUAAGUUUAUAGUUUUUAUUGUGCAUUUUUUACCCAGAAAGCCUUAUAUAUUUACAUUUUUUGUUUUUGAUAUGUCAUAUUUUUGUGCCUGAUAAAUGUUCUCCAGUUGUUCAAUGAUGGGAAGGAUGGGACCUCUGUUUUGAAGUGAGAUAUAAAGUUAAGGGUCUGGAAUCUGUGUAUUGGACCGCCAGUGACCAAUGUGUUCAUUUCCUUGCCUGUUGGGCCUUCUUGUCCUCAUCCCCUGUACAAGGGGGUUGUGCAGAAAACAGCACUGCAGCAUGGGAGAGCACAUAUCGCAGUUAACCAUACUGUCAUAAGAGGCACCUCUGUCACUCUGCGGACACCCCCAUCUCUCAUUUUCGGUGGAGUAGAUGUAUCUAUUCAUGAUUAGAUCUCACUUUUUUAUUGUUACUUUAUCAUUAUUAUCUUUGCGACAGCUGUUGUUGCUCUCGGCUCUUUUUCCAAUGUCUACUUCAAAGUUUAAAGGAGUCAUACUGACAUUCUGAAAAAUGUUAGAAGUCUUUCACAUUG